AUGUCUGGAUUUUCUCUGGACCUGGGACCAUUAAAGGAACCUCUUGGAUUUAUUCGUGUCCUAGAAUGGUUGUUUGUUGUUAUCACAAAUCACCUCUGUUUUCCUGUCUUUCUACAGAUUUUUGGCUUUUUGAACUUGAUCCUGUGGGCAGGUAACUGCUGGUUCAUUUACAAGGAGACUCCUUUCCACAAGGAUCCCAGCCCACCGGCCACCAUGGAGGAAGGAGGGGCCCCCGGGCCUUAGCCACAUCACUGAGGGUCUUUGAGCAUAGCCCUGUACCCACAGCAGAAAAGCUUUGUGCUUAACACUGGUCUCCGAUGUUAACCUGCAGAAAUGGAAACAAAAGGAAGGCAGUUGUCCUAAAUCCCCCGUGUACCUCCCAACACCUGUCAGAGCUAUUUUUCAGUUAUUGCUUUUAUAGCUCAAGUUAAUCCAUUUAAUUCACCCAGCAACACUGUUCUUUAUUUUUUUCAAAAUCAGCUCCCAAUUCCCCUGUGCCUACACUAAAAUACACUAAGUGCAUAUAGAAACUAAACUGCUUACACACUACGUACAGUAAGAUCUACUGUGAGUGUAACCUGGGUUGAAACCUAACAGUGAAUGUAUUUGUUGUUCAGAACAGCAGGCCUGCAGUGCAUUUACCUCCACAUCAGCACAUUGUCCUUGCUUGAUGUCUGCCCUUCAGGGAACCACCGAGUGAUGAAAUUGUGAUGCAAGGAGCCAGAAUCUGUACUGGUCCUCCGCCGGUGGAAGAAGGCAGAGGAUUCACAGAAGUUCAAAGAAUUCAAACGGCCCUCAUAUCCAAAUAAAAGCAUGUGUUUUUACUCUUAA